UCUCCACCCCCAGGCCCAUACUGCCCCCGGACCUUCGACGGUUGGUCCUGCUGGAACGAUACGCCCGCCGGCACCCGCGUCUACGUGGCCUGCCCAGAAUUUGUGCCCGGCUUCCACCCUUCCCGUCUCGCUUACAAGGACUGCGACGAAAACGGCUCCUGGUUCAAGCACCCUCACGCGAACACCCCCUGGUCCAAUUAUACAACCUGCGUCGACGUAAAUACCUAUGGGCUUCAUGACACAGUGAACAGCGUCUACAUCGCCGGCUACUCCAUCUCCCUCAUCGCCCUCUCCGUCUCCCUCUUCAUCUUCUGCUUCUUCAAGUCCCUGAAGUGCAAGCGCGUCACCAUCCACAAGAACCUCUUCGCCAGCUUCAUCGUCAACAACGCGAUGUGGCUGGUGUGGUACAAGUGUGUGGUCGAGAGCACCCACGUCCUCUUCAACAACAGUUUGUCCUGCCAGGUCCUACACGUCUUUCUGCACUACUUCCUCGUGUCCAACUACUUCUGGAUGUUCUGCGAAGGACUCUACCUGCACACGCUCCUGGUGGUCGCCUUUGUGGCUGAGGACAGGAUCAUGAAGUGGUUCUUUAUGCUCGGUUGGGGCGCUCCGGCAGUGCUCAUCACCAUCUACGCCAUCGCCCGGGGAGUCAGCGGGGAGCAGAAUCGGCACUGCUGGAUCGAGGAUGGGCCAUACAACCACAUCCUAAAUAUCCCGGUCGUUGCGUCUCUCUUCCUCAACCUGUUCUUCCUCAUCAACAUCGUCCGGGUCCUGGUGACGAAGCUACGCGCUGUCAAUACGGGUCCUGACACUCACUCCACUCGCAAGGCUGUCCGCGCCACGCUCAUCCUCAUCCCCCUGCUCGGCCUACACUACAUCCUGCUGCCCUUCCGCCCCCCCGAAGGCUCCCCGGGCAUGGGCGUCUACCUGAUCAUCUCCGCCCUGGCUGUCUCUUUUCAGGGUCUGCUCGUGUCGCUGCUCUUCUGUUUCUUCAACGGAGAGGUGCUCGGGAUCUUCAAGAAAAAGUGGAACCAACACAAGCUCAUGAAGGAGGGACCCAACUCCACGGCGGCCAUGACCUUCUCGUACAUGAAGUCCAGCAUGGCGGAUGGCAACACGACCGUCACCAACUACGGGACGACCAUCGAGGGAGACGACGUGUAAGGGGAUGCAGAGGGACGAGGAGAAGAUGAUAGAGAGGAGAGGACGACGAGAGGAAGAUGAUGGAAAGAAGAUGGCCGGAAGAUGGUGGUGUAAAGAAAGUUAGUCGACGAGAGAGAAGAUGAAGAACAGCGAAUCACAGAGAAAGUGAAAGUGAAUGAAAGUGAAACAGGAGAAUAUGAC